AUGAAAAACUCAAUAUCAAAUAAGCAAUCAGAGCAGCGAUAACAAGGGAAGAAUUCUUCAAAUCUAUCUGAUUUAACUGUUUAAGAAUCUAGUAAUUAUCGAAUGAGAUUCACUCCUUUGGGUUCACCAUCAGUCAGACAUAAAGGAACAAUCUUGAUGAAAAGUCACGAAACGAUUGUACUGAAUAUGUUGUCAUCUACACAUAGACAAAUAGAUUAGCCAUUCAAAGUUUGUCAAGAAUGUAAUUCAGAAAUUGGCACAGUUCACCAAUAUUGUAAAUGCAGAGGAAUCACAUAUCAUGAAAAGUGCAUUUAGGAUACAGCCAGAAGGAAUUCAAAAAAAUAAAAGGAAUAAGCAUUUAUUUGCAAAAAUGAAUGUGCCUAUCCAUUCCAAAUUGAAGGAUACUAUAUGUAUGAAAUGGUGUAGAAUUAGGAAAAAUAUCAACACUGUUGGAAAGUGGCUCAUUCUUACAAUAGUGAUUGUCUUUCUUGUGUUACUAAUCAUGGCAAUUAGCAUUUUCGUUUAUCGAGAUAUUUUUAAUAGUCUUCAUAUUAUCUCAAUUGUGAUUGCAAUCAUCGCACUCUUAAUUCUAAUUACUGUUUUGCUGAAUAAACUCAAACUUAAUUAUUAUAUAUUACACUGGCAUCUCAAACCCUCCUUGAUCAACUAAAGACUAGAAACCACCUAUAAAAAAAUUGA